AGUAAUUCAUCAAAUUUAACUGUAUUCGACAAUUUAAAUAAUAAUGAAAUAAAUGAUUUGUCACUAAAUUCUAUUAUUAAUAAUAUUUCUUUCGAAAUCAAUAAAAUGGAGGAUGAUCUCAAUAAUACAUAUACGAUAGACAACUUUCCUAAAAUUGAAGAUAUGGAAAAAAAUAUUACGAUAGCAGAACAAGUGGAGAAUGAGCUGCAGACAAAUGUGGAAAAUAUCGAAGAUGAGGAUAAUUUUGAUAAAGAAUACGAACCAUCUGAAGAUUCAGCUAGUUAUACAGAUUAUGAAAGCUAUGAUGAACUUACAAAUGAAAGGAGUGCAUGUAACAUCAGCUUAAGAAAAUCUAUGAAUUUAUCAACAACGGCAAAUGCAACAGGUAUGUCAGGAUGUGAUGAUACACAUCUUGGAGUUGAUAAUUCUUGUACUGGCACAAAAAAAUAUUACUGUUUUUAUUGUAAAGCACUGAAAUCAAAAAUAGCAAGACAUUUAGAAAGUGUACACCGUAAUGAAGAAGAUGUUAAGAAAUUCGCUGACUUACCAAAAGGAUGUCUUGAACGUAAAAAAAUUAUUGAAACAAUACGUCGAAAAGGAGAAUUUGAAUUUAAUACAAACAAAAUAUUGAAUGAUGGCAAGUUACAUGUUGUCAGAAGACCAAAUAUUAAGUUUAACAAAAAGGCUUAUGAAUAUGGAACAUGUAUCAACUGUCAUGGAUUUUUUUCCAAAAAUACCUUACGAAAUCAUGUUCGAAAAUGUUUAAAUGUAAAAUAUUCUAAAAAUCGAACGAUUACAGUCCUUGGACGAGCCGUGGUCGGAAGAAUUCAUGAAAUAGCUUCUCAAACUUUAAAAAAAGUGGUCUUUCCGAUAUUAAGAGAAGAUCAUAUUAUUCGUCUUGUAAGAUAUGACGAAUUACUUAUUCGAUAUGGUAAUAAACUUUGUAUGAAAUAUAAACCGCAGCAUCAACAUGAUAUGAUGCGAAAUCGACGAACACUUGGACGGUUUCUAAAUACGUUAAAAGAAAUAAAUGAUGAAAUUACAGAUUUUGCCUCAGUUUAUCAACCAAAAUAUUACGAUGAUUGCAUUAAAGCUGUGUAUCAAGUAGCCCGAUAUAAUUCAGAAACUCAGCGAUUUGGUUCUGCUUACACAGCAUUUCAAUUAGGUACAUUAUUGAAAGAAGUUGGCGAGUUAUGGCUAUCACAGUGCAUUAAAAAUCAAGAUCCUGUUAAAAAGGCUUUAGUUCAAAAUUUUCUUUCUCUUCGUAAAGAAGAUUUUGGCCAUUCAGUUAACAAAACAGUAAUGGAAACAAGAGCACACGUGAGACGACGAAAAGUAGAAGUAGCUCCAAGUAUGAGCGAUAUAAUAAAACUUUACAAUUAUGUUAAUAGUCAAAGACAUGCAGCAUACAAUAGUUUGAAAGAAAAAUUUUCAUAUGAUGUAUGGCUAACUUUAGGUCAAACUUCAUUAAUUUCUAUGCAAAUAUAUAACAGAAGACGUGCUGGUGAAAUACAAAGAGUACUGUUAGAAGAUUUUUCUAAUUAUGAAGGUUUAAAUGAAGAAAGUGAUCCAGAUCUUUUUAAAACCCUUUCAAAUUCAGCAAAAGAAAUUGCACGUAAAUAUGGUACGAUUUCAAAUUAGAGGAAAACUAACUCGACCUGUUCCUGUGUUAUUAAAUAAUGAUCUUUUAAAUUGUAUACAGUUAUUUAUACAGUAUCGAGAUGAAGCUAAUGUACAUCCAAAAAAUCCAUAUGUUUUCGGCAUAGAAGGUUUCCAUAAACAGAGAUAUAAAUGCAUAAGAGUUUGUGA